UGGCUCCGUAAGCAUGGAUCCGGCCACCCGCAAGAAAUUGGGCCGGUUGCGGACACGGCCGGGGGUCGGAGUCGGGGUGGUGAUUACGAGCUCCAAACACCCUCAAUGUGUUCUGCUGGGGAAAAGGAAAGGGUCCGUUGGAGCCGGCACUUUCCAGCUUCCCGGGGGUCACUUGGAAUUCGGUGAAAGCUGGGAAGAAUGUGCUGUGAGGGAAACCUUGGAAGAAGCCGCUCUUCACCUGAAAAAUGUUCGCUUUGCUUCUGUGGUCAAUUCUGUCAGUGAAAAGGAUGAUUACCAUUAUGUCACUAUAUUGAUGAAAGGAGAGGUGGACAUGACUUAUGAUUCAGAGCCAAAGAACAUAGAACCUGAAAAAAAUGAAGGUUGGGAAUGGGUUCCUUGGGAAGACUUCCCUCCACUAGAUCAGCUUUUCUGGGCUUUGCGAUGUUUAAAGGAACAAGGCUACAAUCCUUUUAAGGAAGAGUUGAAUCAUCUAGUGGGCUACAGAGGAAAUCCUCAAUAGAGUGCCUGCACAUCAAUCAAUUCAUUUUAGUAAGGAAAAUCCUAGAGUGUACAAAAAAGCCUCAGAUGUUCUGGAAAACCAUGCCACUUCCAAAAGAAGAUAAGUAGCUAUUUAUUCUGGUAGCAAAGUAAGGGAGGCAACAUAAGAGUAGAGAGUUGGCCUCAGAGCAAGGAAGACUUGGGCUCAGCCAUUUCCAAGUUAGUGGCUGUUUGCCACCUCAGAGUAUACACCUUACAGAGCCUGGAACUGGGACUGGAACUCCCAUGAGGGAAUCCUCCCAUGCCCUGCCCCCACAAGGCAGGUCAGCCCCUUCUCUGUUACUAUAGCUUUAGCAAGUUGCCAAAACUAUGAGAGGGUCACACAUCAGGAAGCAUUUGUUAGAGACUGCAUUUGAACCCAGGUUGCAAUCUCUAAAAUGAGAGAAUUGGGAUUAAAUAAUUUUAUGAUCCAUUCCAGCUCUGGGUCUACAGUCUUGUGAUCUUAUUCAUGGAAAACAGUCCCUCCCAUUAAGCAGUGUAUUGAGAACACAGGGAAAUGACCUGUCUCGGGAGAUUGCUUCUGCAGUUUUAAAAUGCCAGCAAGUUGAGAUUUUGUGAUUGUGAGGAUAAGCAGUUCCUACGUGAGACAGGGGCCUGAGCCACAGACAAAAAGGGACCUCAUUUCUCAAAUGGAUUUGAGUCUUAAAAUAGGGAUGAACUAGCAAAAAAACCAAUGAGCUUGUGUUUUUCUUUGCUUUUUUCCAUUUUUAAAUUUUUGGAAUAAAAUAUAAUAUAAAACA